AUGGCAGCAGAGACCUUUGGCUCGUCGUUCCCCUAUGCCGACCCCUUGUGGUACUCUCGGGGCGUCUCGCCCUAUUACAACGAGAGCCAUAGACAGCUGAGAAAAGACGUUCGUCAAUACGUGGAUGACCACAUCACUCCGCAUUGCGAGCAGUGGGAGAAACAAGGCCACGUUCCUGCAGAGGUCAUCAGGAAACAUUCAGACCUUGGAUAUACGGCAGUGUCGGUCUUCCCUUUGGACAAAGAAUACGCCAAAGGAAUCCGCUUGCCUGGAGAUAUCCCGCUGGACAAAUGGGACGCCUUUCACGACUUGAUCUGCAUCGACGAGAUCAUGCGGUGCGGCUACCUGGGCGUUGUUUGGGGCUUGACCGGGGGAAAUAUCUACGGCGCACCACCGCUCGUCAACUAUGGGACAGAACGACAGAAGCGACAGUUUCUGCCGGGCAUCUUGAGAGGAGAUAUACGCUUCGCCCUCGCCGUCACCGAGCCUGAUGCUGGAUCGGAUGUCGCAAAUAUCCAGACAACCGCGACGCGAAACGGCGACGUCUAUGUCGUCAACGGUGCCAAAAAAUGGAUCACCAAUGGCUUGUGGGCGGACUACUGCACCACUGCUGUGCGGACCGGCGGCCCCGGUGCCAACGGCAUCUCGGUGCUGAUCGUUCCCAUGAAGAACAAAGGCGUCACAUGUCGUCGGAUGGAGAACUCGGGAGUAUCAGCCAGUGGAUCGACAUAUAUCGACUUUGACGACGUCGAAGUGCCCGUGGAGAAUCUGCUGGGUGCAGAGAACCAAGGGUUUCCCAUGAUCAUGUCCAGUACGUAUCCCACAGGCUGCCUCUCGGAAAACGAGUUCAAGUCCCAAGUGAGGCGUAGUCAACCACUAAAAUCUCCUGGCCACGCAAUAGAUUUCAACCACGAACGCCUUUGGCUCGCCUGCGCGAGCCUCCGCCUCGCACGCGUCUGCGCCGAAGACGCCUUCCAACACGCCAUCAUCCGCGAAACGUUCGGCCACAAACUGAUCGAGAGCCCCGUGAUCCGGUGGAAGUUCUCCACGUUCGGCAGACUGCUCAACUCGGCGCACGCGCACAUGGAGGAGCUGACGUACCUGCUGCACACGAUGGACAAGGCCGCGGCCCAGGACGCACGUUUGGGCGGGCAGCUGGCGAACCUGAAAGUCCUGGCCGGGCGGGUUCUGGAGCGGGUGAACCGCGAAGCGCAGCAAGUGCUCGGCGGGGCGGGAUACAACAAGACAGGGAGGGGGGCGCGCAUCGAGCAGAUCAGUCGGGACCUCAGGCCGUUGGUGGUGGGAGGGGGGAGUGACGAGAUCUUGUCGGAUUUGGCUAUUCGAGAGGAGAUUAAACGGUCGGGCGUGGGUUUGAAUCUGAGCAGACUGUGA